GGGCGUGAGUGUCUGUUAUGUUUGUGUUGGUGUGUAGACAUGCCUGCGUAUCCACUUGUGUAUAUUUUUAUAGAGAUGAAAACUUACAUCAAGAAAAUCAACAGUUCUUCAUUUCCUGUACCGACAGGUUCCAACAUAGAGUUUGAAGGUUUCACAAAUGAAGACACUGUCAGACUGGAACAAUACUCUUACAUCAACGUGACCUUUCACCUCGACACCUCAAAGUGCCCGGACUCUGGAAACUCAUUCCGGCUCAAGGUGUCUGUGAAGGAGGGCGAAAGUUUUGUCGACGUCUGCAUUUUAUCUAUGAAAACCCAGGAUUGCAGUCCCUCAGAUGGAUCCAGCUGUCAGUGCUUAUCAGCGCCCAGAGGCUGGGCCCGGAUGUCCAGGCACCUAAACGUGACUGGCCAAGUGUCGAUCGUCUGGAGAUGGUCAUCUAGUAGCAAGGGUAUCGCCAACAUCACGCUCAACGUCAUCAAGCGGGAAACUUCUGUCUUCAAAGGCAAUAGUGAUUUUAAUACAGAGGAGACAACUAAUGUCUUCCAAAAUGAUGGUAAGUGCAACAUAGUUUAAUUAAGUAAUUACACCAUAGAACACAUAAAGUACUAUACUAACUGGUUGAUUGCCUAAAGUAAAAUUUGAUGUGAAAAUAUGUUUGUGUUGAUGUUUACAAUGAUUUACAAGAAGAUGGUUUGAGGGAUAGGAUGUAGAAGGGAAGUAAUUUGAUCAUUACAAAAAAGUUAUGCUCAGAGACAUUAAAUUAUAGGAUUUGUGUCUGAAAAAUUGGGAGCCAGUCCAUGUUAGACAAAAUAAAUUUUAGGUUUAGUAUUUUUUUUUUCUACGCUCACGAGAAACAAUUUCAUAUUCAAAACUUUCCCCUUUGUUAACUGGUAAGCUUGUGGAUCCCUACAUUUCACUUGUUGUGCAUCGUUUGGCUUUAAGAUAAGUUAAGAUGGCUUCAUUCUCUGAAGCAGCGGCGGCGUUUGGGGGUGGCAAAUGGGGCGGCCGCCCCAGGCCCCGCUCUCGAUGGGGCCCCGCGCUUCAGCCCCGAUGUCAUGUUUAUGAGUUUGUCAACUUAAAAUAUAUUCUGUGUUAAAUGGAAAAAUGCUGAGGGGCUCUUUAAAAUCAGACUUCUUCAAGGUCAAAUUCGCUUAUCUAACUUGUAUAUAAAUCAGUGGUUCCGGCAUCAUAUCAAUAGGGAUGUUGAUACACGUACUCCAUUACCCCGGCCCCGCGCGGAUGGUCGGCCCCAGGCCCCGCGUGUUCCUAACGCCGCUUCUGCUCUGAAGCGUCCCUCUUUUUGGCCUACUUGACUUUAGUUCAGUGGUUCUUAACCGGGGUUCGAUCGAACCCUAUGGGUUCGGUGAGUCGGUCUCAGGGGUUCGGCGGAGCCUCCGCCACGAAGGUCAAGACACAGCCGCAAUUGGUGAUGACACUAAAGAAGGGUUCGGUAAAUGUGCAUAUGAAACUGUGGGUUCGGUACCUCAAAAAAGGUUAAGAACCACUGUUCAAGGGUCAGCCGUGACCUUAGCACAGUCUUAAACGCAUCUUGACAUCGUGACACAUGUGUGACAUUUUCUAUCAUGACACGUGUGGCAUCUUCUAGAAGCUGCUGCUUAGCUAAAAGUGAUGACCUUACAUAAACUGCGAACGGAAACUUUUCCUCCGAGAUUUAACUGUUGAAUCCAGCGAUGGUAACAUCUUAGGGCCGAGGUCGACAGUUGACUUUCUGACCGAUGAGUAUGAAGAAUCAGGUCAGCAAGGAAACCUUAGGUUUUGCAUCUUUUCAAUCUUCAUGACGACAUCAGAACACAUCAAGAAAGUGAGUUGAACUAAAAUAAAGAGAACUAAACAUAUUUGUUGAACAUAUUUUCUUGUCUAUUUCUGUCACUGCUUUAUCUACAUCAGCUUCCAGGCGAUAAACAAGCUUCUACUGUUGACAUUGUGUAUCCACGACAACUACCACAUUGCGGCAGAGAUAUAAUUUAUGACUUUUGUCAUAUAUAGGUGGAAAUUUUUUUUUUCUGUCUGUCUCUCUUUAUGUGUAUACAUCUGUGGUGCUUUCAGAGUUACAUACAUGAGUCUCAAAAGGAGGACGUAGUAGACAGCUUUCACACUCUGAGCCUUUUUUUUAUUAUUAUUUUCACUUGCAAAUGGAAGCUGGAGUGUACAAUAUAAAAAAUUCUACUCAUUGCAUGUGAUAGAAAAUUAACAGAUUUGUUGUUAAUGCCUGUUCUUUUUUGCUGCAGAACCGGGGUUUCAACGGUUGAGAGAUUGUAUGAAGUUGAGUUUAACACGACUUGACACUUUUACAUGCACAAACAUCCAUGUUUUAUGAAUGUAUAUGCCUGGAUAUUUGUAUGUAUAUGAUAACAUCUUAUUGCCUUAAUACUUUGAGUUUACCUGUUUAAAUAGGAAAUUGCUCUGGUAUGUGAAGAAGAAGAUUUCUAAUAAUACUACUAACAAUAACAACUAUAAUUUAGAAGUGUGCACAUUUAUUUGUAUUUUUGUUUUCUCUUUGUGAGUUCAACUGUGUGCCAGUGCAUUAUCUCUCGCAGUGUAUAUUUAUAUGUACAUAUACGUAUGUGAAUUUGUUGAGAGAAAACUCACAAUCCUGCUGCUGAUUGCCACGUUUGUUUGUGAGUCAGAGUUUGUGUGUUUGUGUGUUUGUGUGUGUGUGCGUGUGUGUUUAUUUAUAUAUUUGUAUGUGCUGAUGCAUUUUGAUACUAUUUGGGAAUGUAUUUUAAAUAAUACUGGCGAUGAUAUUUCAUAUCUUUUCUCUGUAAACAAAUUACUAUCACAAAGAGGAGAGAACUGAGAAGUGGAGUAAUUGUUUAUCUACAAGAAUGAUGUAAAUGAGUAAGAUUACUUGAUAAAAUGAUUGUUAAUAUAGGAGUAUGUGUUUAAAUUGAAACAAAUGAUGGACAAAGAUACGAGGAAUAAAGAAUGUAGAUUUGCUUCUUUCGUUCUUUCUCUGGAAUGUUAAGGUAGAAAACUGCAAGGAACUAGUUGUAGACAUGCUGGUGUAGUAUCAGAAACUUGGCUGCAAUGUGUCUCUAAAGAUCCUUCCCUUCCCAUCUGGAUUUAUUUCCUGACAUUUGUAGUAUGGUUAGGGAUGAUAAUGGUCACAGUUGUCAUCAAGAUAUCACAACAAUGGACAA